GCGAGAGGGUGCAGUGCUUAUUCUGGUCCUCCCCACUUUCCUGAGCCUCUCCUCGCGUAUCCUCCCAAUUCUCCAUUCUGUGCUCCUGUCUGCGAAAUCCUUCGUCCUUUCCCCAUCGUUUUACGCCGUCCUUUCCCCUAUCUCCGGGAGCCAAUGAGAGGGAUUGGCUUCGAUUAAGCGACGGCUCCAGACUCGGGUCAAAGAUGAAGAGUCCUCGAGAUACACAAUGAGUUUGCAAAGACGCGACAACUAAGAAUUCCGUCACUCGGAAAUUCAGAAAAGACUAGUUGAAAGCAGAGGCGAUGGAGAGCACCCCUUCGAGGGGCGGACUGAACCGAGUGCACCUACAAUGCAGGAAUCUGCAGGAGUUCCUAGGGGGCCUGAGCUCCGGCGUCCUGGACCGAUUGUAUGGACACCCUGCCACUUGCCUGGCCGUCUUCCGGGAGCUCCCGUCCUUGGCUAAGAACUGGGUGAUGCGGAUGCUCUUUCUGGAGCAGCCUCUGCCACAAGCCGCCGUAGCCCUGUGGGUGAAGAAGGAAUUCAGCAAGGCCCAGGAGGAAAGCACAGGGCUGCUGAGCGGCCUCCGUAUCUGGCACACCCAGCUGCUCCCUGGUGGCCUCCAGGGCCUCAUCCUCAACCCCAUCUUCCGCCAGAACCUGCGCAUUGCCCUUCUGGGUGGGGGAAAGGCCUGGUCUGAUGACACAAGCCAGCUUGGACCAGACAAGCAUGUCGGCGGGCUUCCAGUUCCUGCUGCUGGACACCCCUGCCCAGCUCUGGUACUUCAUGCUGCAGUAUCUGCAGACGGCCCAGAGCCGGGGCAUGGACCUUGUGGAGAUCCUCUCCUUCCUCUUCCAGCUCAGCUUCUCGACUCUGGGCAAGGAUUACUCUGUGGAAGGCAUGAGCGAUUCUCUGUUGAACUUCCUGCAACAUCUGCGUGAGUUCGGACUUGUUUUCCAGAGGAAGAGGAAAUCUCGGCGUUACUACCCCACGCGGCUGGCCAUCAAUCUGUCAUCAGGUGUCUCCGGGGCUGGGGGCACUGCGCAUCAGCCUGGCUUCAUUGUCGUGGAAACCAACUACCGCCUGUACGCCUACACCGAGUCGGAGCUGCAGAUCGCCCUCAUCGCCCUCUUCUCUGAGAUGCUCUAUCGCUUCCCCAACAUGGUGGUGGCGCAGGUGACCCGGGAGAGUGUGCAGCAGGCCAUCGCCAGCGGCAUCACAGCCCAGCAGAUCAUCCAUUUCCUGAGGACAAGGGCCCACCCAGUGAUGCUCAAACAGACCCCCGUGCUCCCCCCCACCAUCACGGACCAGAUUCGGCUGUGGGAGCUGGAAAGGGACAGGCUCCGGUUCACGGAGGGCGUCCUGUAUAACCAGUUCCUGUCGCAAGUGGACUUUGAGCUGCUGCUGGCCCACGCGCGGGAGCUGGGCGUGCUGGUGUUCGAGAACUCGGCCAAGCGGCUCAUGGUGGUGACCCCAGCUGGGCACAGCGACGUCAAGCGCUUCUGGAAACGGCAGAAGCACAGCUCCUGAGUGCCGGACCCGGACCGGACCCGGGCGGGCGGGACCGGGCGCGGCCUCAGACUCAGGUGCUUUUUAUUUACCCGUCGGACUUUUCUUGUUUAAUAAAAUUUUGCAAGUACACAGCGA